CCAGAGUGGAGGUGACCAAAGGGCUGCUCGGCUAUCACUAUAAAUUCAGCUGAGAUCACACUCACAUCUGCUGCCCCCGACUGCUUCCAUGACAUCUGAGCAGAGACAUACAAGGAACAGAACAGAGGGGGAAACAGAUUAUACAGAGAGUUUAAAACAGUCAACACAACGCUGGCUGAAACAAACAAGAAAACAUUUUUUAAAUCCUCUUUUCAGUGAGGAAGACACUCUGCAGGAGCACAGCUGACCACCCCAUCACCUGCCUCUUCCUCACAUUGUCCUCCCUCCUCUUCCACCCCUAAACCAUGGAGGAGGUCUCCAAGGUAACAGAAACCCAACUGGCACCGCCGCCCCUCUUGGAGCGGCGCGCUCGCCAGCGACAGCCGACCGUUUCUGCGCUCAGAGCCAAGCUGAGGCAGGGGGUGACAUGCUCCGCGCCCAGAGUUCGCUCCACGCUGACGGGAUUCUUCCCCGUGGUGCGCUGGCUCCCGAAAUACAAACUCAAAGAGUACAUCUGGGGCGAUGCCAUGUCCGGGGUGAUCGUGGGUAUCAUCUUGAUACCACAAGCCAUCGCUUACUGCCUGCUGGCGGGGGUGGAGCCGAUCUACGGCCUGUACACCUCCUUUUAUGCCAACAUCAUCUACUUCCUCAUGGGAACCUCCAGACAUGUGUCCGUGGGGAUCUUCAGCCUCAUGAGCCUCAUGGUUGGACAGGUGGUGGACAGGGAGGUUUUUCUGGCAGGUUUUGAUCUCAGUGACGACUCCACGUCGUCUCCUGACAUUUUCAACAGUACGGCGGCCGCUAACAUCACCGGGGGGGCCGUGCACACGGUGGAGCUGAUGGGAAUGCAGUGUGGGAAGGAGUGUUACGCCAUCAGCGUCGCUGCCGCUGUCACUUUCCUAGCCGGAGUCUAUCAGAUUAUGAUGGCAGUGUUCCGGUUGGGAUUUGUCUCAGUGUACCUCUCCUCUCCCAUGCUCGAUGGCUUUGCCACGGGGGCCUCUUUCACCAUCCUGACCGUGCAGGCCAAAUACCUGUUGGGGCUAAAGAUUCCACGUCACCAGGGCUACGGCACAGUGGUCAUCACCUGGAUCAACAUCUUUGCCAACAUACACAAGACCAACCUGUGUGACCUCGUCACUAGUGCAAUCUGCAUCUCCAUAUUAGAAGUGACUAGACUUUCGACUGCAGUGGCAGGGAAAGAAAUCCAGGAACGCUACAAGGACCGUUUGAAGAUCCCUCUACCGACAGAGCUGGUGGUUGUGGCAGGAGCUACGCUGGCCAGCCACUUUGGGGACCUCAACGCCCGUUUCGGCUCUAGUGUUUCUGGUCACAUCCCCACAGGAUUCAUCCCUCCUCAAGUGCCUGCUUUCAGCCUGAUGUCGCGUGUGGUGCUGGACGCCAUUCCUCUAGCUGUUAUCAGUUUUGCAUUCACAGUGUCGCUGUCUGAGAUGUUCGCCAAGAAGAAUGGCUACACCGUACGUCCCAACCAGGAGAUGCUGGCCAUCGGCCUCUGCAACAUCAUCCCCUCCUUCUUCCACUGCUUCACCACCAGUGCAGCCCUGGCUAAAACCAUGGUCAAAGACUCCACAGGCUGCCAGACUCAGGUGUCCAGUCUGAUCAGCGCCUUGGUGGUCCUCCUGGUUCUGCUCUUCUUUGCUCCUUUCUUCCACGCGCUCCAGAAAUGUGUCCUGGCCUGCAUCAUCAUCGUUAGCCUCCGGGGAGCCCUGCGGAAGUUCAGGGACGUCCCGGCCAAGUGGCGGGCCAGUCGGAACGACGCCAUAGUUUGGAUGGUCGCCAUGGCGGCCACAGCCCUGAUCAGCGUGGAGCUGGGCCUGCUAGUGGGCAUCGUCUUCUCCAUGGCCUGCGUCAUCUUUAAGACCCAGAACCCAAAGGUUGCUCUCCUCGGGCGGGUCAGUGAUACUGAUCUUUACGAGGACUUGGAAGAGUACACGAACCUCAUUCCGCCGCCCCGGGUUCAGAUCUUCCGCUUCCAGGCCCCUCUUUAUUACGCCAAUAAGGAAUCUUUCCUCAAAUCCCUGUAUAAAGCCGUUGGAGUCGAGCCAUUCUUGGAGACGACUAGAAGGAGGAAAGCGGAGAAGAGGGCCAGAGAAAUGUCCGCCCAAAACGCCAAAGCCAACGGGGGGAAAAACAACGGCGACGUCUUCGUCGGGCUGGUCCCGGAAGAGCUGGAGUUCCACGCCAUCGUCUUAGACUGCUCGGCCAUCCCUUUCAUAGACUCCACUGGCACGGCCACUUUCAAAGCACUGGUCAAGGAAUACAGAGAGAUUGGGGUGAGCGUGCUCCUCGCCGGCUGUAACACCUCAAUCAUCGACACUUUGCAGAAGGCACAGUUCUUCGGCGACAACGACAAAGACAGGAGCAGCCUUCUGUUCCACACCGUCCACGCCGCCGUGCUUCACGCUAACAGAGCGGCUGAGAGGAGGUCAGAGGAUUCCACGGUGUAGAUCAACCGGACGGAGAGAAGAAAUGAAGAGCUACCGCAAGGGCUGUGGGCUGGGUGUGAUGCCGGGCAGUUAGAGAGGUUUAAACAUCACCGACGUUUCAAGUGCUUCCAGUUUGGAUGAGUAGCCUAUCUCAUGGAUGAAAUUAUAGAUAAAGAAUGUUUUCUAGAAGCUUUGUUACCUUAGAUAUUCCAAAAUUUGCACAAAGGGCCUUCUUUAAAGGUUGUUCCAACAUUAAAAAAGAGCUGCACUCAAUCAUGUUGGCCUGGGUGAGAUGAAGGUAAAACCAGGCCCAUUUACUGAUCAACUAAUCCACAUAUAUGACUUUGAAUUAUUUGAGCAUUGAUACAUUUUUCAUACACGAUCAAAAGUAGCUGGGGCAAUUAUUUCCUUUUUUAACCUUCACAGAGUUCAGCCAAUUUGAUCCCAGAUUUGCACGACUUCCUUCCUACAAAAUUGAUGAACCAUGCCGGCGGCGGCCACCUCUGUUGCUUUAUUUCCUGAGGUUUCCUCCCUUCCUUUCCUCAGAAGGGAAAGGAAAUGAGUGGAAAGACAAAUUAAACACACCCAUGGCUCUUUGCCUUGUGUGUCUUAUGUUUGCUCUCGGCCUAACAUAUAUAAAUGUUUGAAAUCACACUUCAAGGCCUCGCAGACAUCACCCCUGAUACCGUAUUUUGUAAAUGAGAUGUGCUUACAGAUCAACCAAUCUGAUAAAUCAAGCAUCCACACAGGGUAGCUAGUUUGUUGCCAAACUGCACAUUUGCUAGGGAAGUAGGUUAGUUGCAGUACGUUUUGUUUCCCAGUUUUAGUGUCAGCUAAAAUGACUUUGACAGGUUUAACUUGCAGAGUUACACAACAUUACUUUUUUUGUCGUGAUAAAAGCUCUUUGGGUUGUUCAUGUAGACUCAUGUGCGGAGAGCGGAGUGCACACAUGUGGACACUGAGCCAGUAUUUGUCCAGGAGCCAGUGGAAGCCUCGGACCUCAAAUCAUUUCUAAAAGGCUGGUUAAAGGCCUAAUGAGCGACAGAAAAGGAACACCAGCAUGGCAGGGUAGGAAAAGCUCUACGUGACACAUGAGACCUGUGUGCUCUUUGAGCCUCUAUCUCAGCCUUUGAAAAGCCUUUUCUUCAGAGCAUUGCUCAUAACAGCAUAUUUGUGCUAUCGCCCUGAUCAGCCACUAAGGGGGCAAAAAAAAGGGAUUUUCAUACAUCUGAGAUCUUUGCCACGAAAACAUCUUUUGAUAUGUCUGAAUGCUUUUAAGUGUUUACUUCAUGAACUGAUGGCAGAUGCCGAUAUUCCUCAGAUUUAGUCAAAUUGUUCACUGCCUUUCUUUUUUUAUUUUUUUGGACUUGGAAAAUAAGACCAAACUCUUUUGUUUUGAAGUAACCUCAUUUAUUUGUGUCUUUAAUCUACUGGGACCAAUUGUGAUUAUGCAUGUAGCAAUGCAGCUGUCACAUCUGAUACAAUCUUUAUCAUAAGCUGUUGGUAUGACUGAUCAAUAAAAGGAUACAUUCCUAUUUUAAUGCAUUAGAAUAUUGUAGAAUAUUUACAUGCAUUAAUUUACUUUUAUGUAUGUCCUGUUAACUUUCUUUUAUGAAUUAGUGCUGACAGUCAACAUCCUGAAACAGUCAAGUCAUGUUCAAUACUUGAAUUAAACUAACAAACCU